AUGUUGAUCCUGAGUGCUGCCGCCAUCUUGGUCUCCUGCCGUGCGUCCGCCAUGUACUCUGCCAUUGAAGGCUGGGGGUACCUCGACUCGCUCUACUAUUGCUUUGUGGCAUUCAGCACCAUUGGCUUUGGGGACAUGGUGAGCAGCCAGAGGUUGGCGUACAGCGAGGGAAAUGAGAACCAGAUGGUGUAUCGGCUGGGCAACUUCCUGUUCAUCCUGACAGGGGUCUGCUGUAUCUACUUCCUUUUUCAACGUCUCCAUUGUCAACAAACAGGGUUUGGAAUGACCACGCCAGCGACCAACGGUGGCAAGAUCUUCCUCGUUUUCUACGGCUGUGCCGCCACAAUCCUUUUCUUCAACCUCUUCCUGGAGCGCGUCAUUACCCUCGUCCUCAAGUCCUGCCAUGAGCGACGCCACCUCCACAAGGCCGUGCUACUUCAAAAUGGCGGCUGGCGCUUCUCCGAGGCAGGCGGCGGAGGCAAUAGAGGGAAGGGGCUGGCCGCGUGGUACUGUGUGAUGUUGAUCCUGAGUGCUGCCGCCAUCUUGGUCUCCUGCUGUGCGUCCGCCUUGUACUCUGCUGUCGAAGGCUGGGGGUACCUCGACUCGCUCAACUAUUGCUUUGUGGCAUUCAGCACCAUUGGCUUUGGGGACAUGGUGAGCAGCCAGAGGUUGGCGUACAGCGAGGGAAAUGAGAACCAGAUGGAGUCUGCUGUAUCUACUUCCUUUUUCAACGUCAUCUCCAUUGUCAACAAACAGGUGCUGAACUGGCUGUUGAGGAGCCUGGAGCACCCAUGUUGUUGCCCAGGUCCGGUGGCCCACCACCCACACCACAGACAACCCCGGAGGAAUGUGGUGGUACCCGGACACCUCAGGGUCAGACGGGACCUCUCCAUCGAGACAGAUAUGGUGAAUGAGAGUGAGGCAGAAGGAUGGAGGAUGUCUGGAGAGAUGAUAUCCAUGAGAAAUUUUCUGGCUGCCAAUAAGAAACGUUGGUACACUGAUUCUCCCCAUCAACUGCUUUAUAAAGCAUGAAGAGAAAACACAUUCUGGUUCCUGGGACAAUGGGUCCCUGUUCGACAGGUCGACCCACGAAACGUUAAGGCUGUAUCAUUAGAUGUACUGUAUUUUCUUCAUAAAACACACAUUCAUGCUGACACGACCCAGCACGGCUAAAUAAAUCUAACUAGUUUUACUGCAGAUUUGACAAAAGCUUUUCAUUCAAAAUGUCACUUCAUUUCCCCCCAAUUCCUCCUCGCCUGGUAUGAAGUGGAACUAGCCUCAAGGUCCAGAUUUCAGUUUGAGAGCUAAAGAGGGAUCUGUAUUUGUCCUGGGGCUUCUGUGUGGCAGAGCAGGGAGCCCUGUGGACUUGUUUCUUUGUACAGUGGACGCUCCUGGUUCUGCCGUUCUCACCACCGUGGAAUUGUGGUCCUGCCAGCUGGGUCUGUGCUCGCAGUUCUGGAAGAGCCUAAGCCACGAUGAAACGGUCGCGGGCUAGUUCAUCCUGCACGGUCGGCGACAUGUGACCGUAAGGUUGCAGGGUCAGGCCCUCAAUGUCAUUAACCAACGAUCUGAGCGAUUCUCCCGGUAACCUCACUCUAUGGCCCAGUGCCGGAAGAAUGAGUUCAGGAUGUCUGUCACGACUGUAUCUCUGACAAACCAAGUCUGCUUAAAGUUCUAACUGGGCCAUGAAAGCCUCAAAGUUGGCAUCACCAGAGAACGUAGGUGUCUUCACGCUGCAGUUAGCCACCGGGUAUUGCGCUGCGCCAUCUUUGUUGACAUUGCCAUGGUGAUACAGAUCGUCACGCCGUGAUAUCCACAUUGGGUCCUUCAUGUCCGGAGCGGCGGCCCAUAGUGACGUCAGCUCCAGCUUGGCGGGUCUUGCGCCCAGUAUCUUCCCUCAACGCGACUCAGAGUAACGUUAGCCAAGUUGACGACUACACUAGCCUUCCGACCAAGGCGGUGGUCCAAAAGCGCUUCUGACACCAGUGUAACACCCCUGGGCGGGAUGCUAAAUCAGGAGUCGGAGUCAGAGGAGUGGAGCCACAAGAGAGAUAGAUGCCUGCCAAAACCCCACCUUAUAUAAGCUAUGGCCAGAGACCCCUGCCAUGAGCGAUGCCACCUCCCCAAGGCCUUGCUACUUCAAAAUGGUGGCCGGCGCUUCUCGGAGGCAGGCGGCGGAGGCAGUAGAGGGGCGGGGCUCAUGGCAGGACUUAAGGACGAUGACACGCUCCAGGAAGAUGUUGAAGAACAGGGCGAGGCCUCGGAGAAAGAGGAGACCUCCAGGUUCAUUAUCAGCUUCUAAUCAAGUAUAAUCACUGUUACUUUUGUUAACAAUUGUUAGGAAACUGUACCUAGACUUUACUAUACCAGGUCAUCCACUUUUUGGGAAAUAAAUUGUUUCAUAGCCUCUAUACAUCACACAAUCUGCAAAUGCAUAACUUAAAUACAUUAAUAUUAGUACUUUCUGUUAGUGGUGAUAGAUAUUGGGCAUGAAAAGUAACUGAAAUA